AUGUCGGAUAUAGCCCCGUCGCCGAGUUCUUCAUCAUCAAGUGAAGAAAAUAGAAGUGGCAGCGGUAGCAGCAACAACAAUGACGACAACAACAACGACAAUGAUUCCAGAGCUCCUCCACCCAAUGAUUCAAGUUCAGACUCGGGCUCUAGCUCAUCCCCUAAUUCGAAGGGCUGGUCUAGCCCACCUCCAUCUCCAAGCUCAGAAAGCUCAAGAUCAACACCACCCUCAGAUUCAGAAGAUUCACCGUCCUCUAGCCCUCCUUCACCCUCAGGAAGCUCUCCAUCAAAUUCAUCGCCUCCGCCAUCGUCAGAACAAUCACCAAGCCCGCCGCCUUCUCCAUUUUGGAGCGGCGGCAAUUCAAAGUCUUCACCACCACCAACUCCACCUUCCGAAUCUUCUCGAAACAGCGGUGACAAUUCCAACUCUUCACCACCUCCAGGCAGGUCAUCGUCAUCGUCGCCUCCGCGGCGGUCAGAAGGCUCCUCGCUUCCGCAACCUCCAUCUUCGUCCUCCAAUCAGCAGGUCCCUCCCAACCCAUCAGGCAGGUCCUCGUCAUCGUCGUCGAGAGAAUCUCCUCCGUCGCUGCCACAGGAGAGCAACGAUGAUCAAUCAACAAAUUCCCAACCUUCGCGUAGUCCACCAUCUUCUUCUUCUUCUGCAUCGCCGCCACCGCCGACGAACCAAUCAGUUGUCAUAAUUCCUGUCCCUGUAUCGUCCAACAGUAGUCCAGUGUCCAUUGCACCUGGUGCCGCCGUUGGCACCCUAACGUCUGCUAACAACUUGCCGCCUUCGUCGCAAGGAACCAACGGUAGCACCGCCGGGAGCUCAUCCCGGUCAUCUUUAGGCUCAUCAGGAGUAGGCACUAGCCAUGUAGCUGCGGCCAUUGCCGGUGCAGCGAUCACCGGUUUGAUGUUUGCCAUGCUCGCCGUUUUCUUCAUCACGCGGAGGAGGAGGAAGACGACGGACGGACUAGUUUACCACAACGACGGCAACAACAACUUGCCGUCGGGUCAGUUCGGCGUCUCCAACCCGUCGGGCGCGCUCUAUCCGGGCGGAGCAUCUGCAGGCUUCUCGCCGCCGUCGGGCCCGGACAGCGGCGGCGGAGGGUACUACCAGUCCGGCAGAAUGGAGCCGCCGGGCUCCAAGUCGUCCUUCAGCUAUGAGGAGCUGACGAGCAUCACGAGCAACUUCUCCCGGGACAACGUGAUCGGCGAGGGCGGGUUCGGGUGCGUGUACAAGGGGUGGCUGGCCGACGGCAAGUGCGUGGCCGUGAAGCAGCUCAAGGCCGGCAGCGGGCAGGGGGAGCGCGAGUUCCAGGCGGAGGUGGAGAUCAUCAGCCGCGUGCACCACCGCCACCUCGUCUCUCUCGUCGGCUACUGCAUCGCGCAGCACCACCGGAUGCUCAUCUACGAGUUCGUCCCCAACGGCACCCUGGAGCACCAUCUACACAGCCGUGGCAUGCCGGUGAUGGACUGGCCAACAAGGCUCAAGAUCGCCAUCGGCGCCGCAAAGGGUUUGGCGUACCUGCACGAAGAUUGUCAGCCGAGGAUCAUCCACAGGGACAUCAAGUCCGCCAACAUUCUGCUCGAUUACUCCUUCGAAGCACAGGUUGCAGAUUUCGGUCUGGCCAAGCUCUCCAACGACACGCACACGCAUGUCUCCACUCGCAUCAUGGGGACGUUUGGGUACCUUGCCCCGGAGUACGCGUCGAGCGGGAAGCUGACGGACCGGUCGGACGUGUUCUCCUUCGGCGUCGUGCUGCUGGAGCUCGUCACCGGGCGGAAGCCCGUCGACCAGACGCGCCCAGGGGAGGAGAGCCUCGUCGAAUGGGCACGGCCGGUCCUCGUCGACGCCGUCGAGACGGGCGACCUCGACGCGGUGGUCGACCCCCGGCUCGAGGGCGCCUACAACCGGGGCGAGAUGAUCGUGAUGGUGGAGGCCGCGGCCGCGUGCGUCCGCCACUCGGCUCCCAAGCGGCCCCGGAUGGUGCAGGUGAUGAGGGCGCUGGACAACGAAGGGAGCAUGUCGGACCUGAGCAACGGGGUGAAGGUGGGGCAGAGCCGGAACUACCACGGCUCCGGGCAGGAGGCGGCCGCCAUCCAGCAGCUCCGCCUCACCGCCUUCCCCUCCGAGCAGUACACCGGGGAGUUUGAGCAAUCGUCCGGGGAGUACCGUGGCGCCUACUCCGAGACGCAACCGAUCAACCGGAGAUAA